AUGAGUUCCAGCAUUCCCCCGUGGCGUGCCACGGCGUCGGCGACGACCACUACAUCCCCCUAUCCUGGCCAUGCUGCCCCAGCGUAUAUCCCCGUUCAAGCUCGCCGUAGCUUAUCCCAUAACACCUCGACCAACUCCACCCCUGCCUCGGCACCCUCGCAAACAUCUACCGCCCAAGCGGCCGCCCGCAAACGAGUAGCCUGGCCGGACCCCGUCCGGCUGUACGUUCAACGAAGUUUCGCUCCCGAGAACCAAGUCGCCUCGGUCAGCCGAGAGGAGAUGGAAACGAAAUUAAAGUCGGUCAUUACCGAUGCUGCAGAGAAAGAUAUGCUUGACAAAAUCAACUGGGAGUCCUUACCCUUGCCACAGGUCAUGGUCCAGAAUGACCGCAACAAGAUCUUGGCCAGCCCCAAUGUGUCCUCGUGGGGCGCUUCGACUGCAGCCUUCCGAAGAUCUGACUCAGACGAGUUCUCGAAGAAGAGGAAAUCGGCUGAAUACCAAGACGAGCCAUCCAGUUGUCCGCCAUGGAGACAAACUAACAAACAUAAUGCUUUUGAAGAUCGAAUCACUUAUGCCCCCACAGACAAACGACAGCGGCUAGACCAGAAGAAUCUAAGUAAGUCCAAAGCUAAUCUGGAAAUGCGGAGGAAACGUUUCGAGGAACCUCGGUCCAGAUAUGGGUCUUCGCCAUCUUCGCGCGGUGAAUCGCCGGCUCCCAGCGCGAACCAAGGGCCUGUUGUCGGGAGAUGCCAGGAUCUGGAGAAGAACUACUUCCGUCUGACCUCAGCACCCAAUCCGGAUACUGUCCGGCCUCUUCCGGUAUUGGUCAAGACUUUGGACCUGCUGAAGAAGAAAUGGAAAAAGGACAACAACUACGGCUACAUCUGUGAUCAGUUCAAAUCGUUACGGCAAGACCUGACCGUUCAGCACAUCCGGAACGAGUUUACUGUCAACGUUUAUGAGAUCCAUGCCCGCAUUGCCCUGGAGAAAGGAGAUCUUGGUGAGUAUAAUCAGUGUCAGACUCAGCUGCGAGCACUGUACGCACAACAACUUGGAGGGCAUCCGACGGAAUUCAGGGCGUAUCGUAUUCUCUAUUUCAUUCACACCCGCAAUUGGACGGCUAUGAACGACGCGCUGGCCGAUCUAACCGCAGCAGACAAGCGUGAUCCUGCUGUGAAGCAUGCUCUGGAUGUUCGGUCAGCCCUUGCCCUUGGGAACUACCAUCGUUUCUUCCAGCUUUACUUGGACACGCCGAACAUGGGAGCUUACCUGAUGGAUAUGUUUGUGGACCGGGAACGCCUUUCUGCUCUCGCGGCCAUCUGUAAAGCGUACAAACCCGAUGUAAAAAUUCGGUUCAUCACGGAAGAACUUGGCUUUGAGUCCGACGAGCAGAGCGCCCGUUUCAUUCUGGAUCACACCUCAGAGGAUUUGCUCCUGGAGAAAGACGGAGCUGUGAGGCUGGUAACUUCACUGAAAGCUGCCCAAUUGUUUGAGGGAGCCAAAGCGGAGGCUCAUCGGGUCGUGGAUAUCAAGGGGCAGAUCUAA